CCCUCUGAUGUCACCAGGCUGGAGGAGGUAAUGAUGAGAGAAAAAAAGUGAAAGCGAGAGAGAGAGAGAGAGACUGAGAGAGAGAAAGAGAGAGAGAGACUUAACUUCAUUCUCAGCUGUUAUCAUUACUAUUGUAUGCUGUUUCCCAGCUCUACACUGAAGAUGACAUCGGCAGGAAUAUUGAGCACUUCUGGGAAAAGGAAGAGUAAGAGGUCUUAUGUAAAAGGCUCCCUGUUUUUUCUUUUACUGCACAUGUUUAAUGGCACAUCAGCUACAGAUGGGACAGUGACUACGGUCCCAUCUCCAGUAACCAGCAAUACAGAGAUUUCAACUGCUUCCGCUACUACAGGACAUAUGACAUCUGUAGCUUUAGUUUCGAAUGACCCAACAACUGCGCUCACAGCUACUCCAAUCAGCCAAAGCCAUGCAGUAACCAGCAAUCCAGAGACUUCAACUCAUAUCAAUGCUACAGAACAGAUGACAUCUGUGGAAACUCAGAACUUCACUGAAAACAUCACAUCUGAACAUUUAGAUUCAAUGAAUACAUCCUCAUUAGCAGAUAAUGACACUAUGUUAUCCUGUCCAGAAUUUACCUGUACUAAUGACUGUCACGCCAAAUUCAUGAACAGGACCUUGAAUCCCUGCCCACCCGCCGCAUCUUUCUGUGAGUUAAUCCAUCAGAACGGGAGUCACACCGUUCAGUGCAGUGUCAGGUGCGCCAUGUCCUGUGGGAAUCCCCCAGUCACUAAUUGCUCUCUGGGCUGCUGCAACACCACUGACUGUCUCAACCACGCUCUCUUUAACAUGUCAAAUUCAUUCAGUACACCAGCUCCAACAAAAUCCACGGCUACACCCGCAACCAUAAAGGUGACGGUUCCUCCCACCCCAGCAAAUAAUGGCAAGAAGUGUCAUAGCAUCAAGUGUGAUGGGGCUGCAUGUUACAAAACCACCAAUGCCUUUGGACUCGUGUAUUGUCCUAUUGGUCAGGAUUACUGCAUGCUAAACAAGACAACGACCGGGACCACUGAGUCAUGGCAGGGUGGUUGCAGUACAGAUUGUCGAAAGGCACAAGCAUGCUCAACCACAGUUACCACCUGCUACUUGGAGUGCUGUAAUGCCACUGUUAGCAGCUCCUGUCUGAAACUGACGGGUGAUUUAAACAUGCCCAGUUCUGCCACCAGAGGUCCUCAGUCUACUCUACUCCUCACUGCAUCUCUAGUCAUGCUCUGGAUGAUGAAGGUCCUUACUUGAGAGUAGUAUAGACACAGUUACAUUUACUUAACAGUUCAGAGAAAGCUCAUUUUCACAUUAGAAGUGUGUAUGUUUGCAUGCGUGAGUGUGUGCGUAUAGAUGCCAAAUAAGCUUUUCAUUAUGUGCAUCCUUAGAGAGUUAUAUCAAGUGGGAACAUGCUUGUUGUUGGAUUUUAACACAGAGUCCACAAAGGAAUAUAUUAACACUGGAUCAACAAAUAUGACGUUUGUGUUUACAGUCAAUCAUCUCUAGUUAACGGAAACCUUUCUUUUCUCGCUCUUGUUUUCAUUACUGUACAAAUGUUCUGCGCAAUUUAAACAAAAUCUCACGUUUUUAAUCAUUGUGUGAAUAUGCUCAGAUAAUCCUGAUUAAUUAUGAAAUCCCAAAUUCAGAUACUAUGGUACCAAUCAGGAAACUUCACCCUGUUUACACUCAUAUAAUAAAAAUGCCAAACAAAGUGAAGUAUGCACUUUAUGCAUCUAAAUAAACAUUAGACAAUAGUUAUAUUUAUAAGGACAUAUUUAUAAUAUUGGAUGAAAGUCCAUAACCAUGCAUGGAAUCUGAAAGCUUUAUUUUUGCAGAGAAAUGUGUUUAUUUAAUUGUAUGUAUGUGUACAAAUGUAAGAGCAUAAUCUUUUUUUAUCCAACUCCUUAUAUUAGGUGUCUUUAAAUGCUACUGUGUAAUAUAUUGUGCACAUACUGUAUUAGGGUGUGUUUAGGGCAUGGUAUACAACAUGAUCACCAUGUUUAAUAGAUAUAAAUAGACUCAGUUUUUGUAUUUAUUAUCACAUAUUUUUAUUUGUGUUUAUUACAUAUUUAUAUUUAUUUUCUGUAUGUUAACAUUUUAAACAAUGAUAAAACAUAUCAACAAGUAAAAUUAAAUAAAAUCAACAAGUUAAACUUGAGUAGACUAUAUCAAAAAAGGUAGCUCUCCAGAUUGUUUUAUCCAUUGCUCACAAAAAAGACCCCUGGUUUAGGGGUUGGGGAUAGACUGAAGCUAAAUUAAAAGACACCUAAUAUAAAGUGGCACCAAUGACUUGUGAUAAUAUUUUAUGUAGUAUAUUAAUGUUUAUUGAAACUAUUCACAGAAUAAUGCAAUAGCACAUUGCUCUGUUUCUACUUUAAUCAUUAAAAUAAAGUCACACCAUGUGAUUGUAAGCAGCUUCACGCUCAUACUGUAAGAGCAACACAUCUAAAUAAUUGCAUUUGAAUGAUUAAAUAAAG